UUCCGCGUGUGUUAUCGCUUUAUUGCCUUUGAUUUGAUUAUCGCUCUCAAAAGUACCUAGAGUUCGUGGACGUAAGCUCCUUGCGUUUCUUUGUCAUGGAAAAUUACUGACAAUAUUUUUUUGCCGUUUUCAUGGGUUUUACUUGUUUCGUUUAAUCAAGUGAAAAAUAAAGUGCGUUUAAAAUAUGAUAACAAAAAUGCAACCUCAAGCUAAUGUGGCAGUGCCACAAUCUGUCACGACGCAACCUCAGCAAAUAGUCGGUGUUCCUGCAAAUGCUGUGAUCUUAAAAAUGUCGGACAUACAACAAAUAUCUACUGUUGGAUUACUAGAAUUAGCACACCGAGAAUACCAGGCAGGAGAUUAUGAUAGUGCAGAGUUGCAUUGCAUGCAGUUAUGGCGUCAAGAUGGCACCAACACUGGAGUCUUGUUAUUGCUGUCAUCAAUUCAUUUUCAAUGUCGUCGAUUGGAUAAAUCAGCUCACUUUUCAACCCUCGCUAUUAAACAGAACCCUUUGUUGGCUGAAGCAUACAGUAACUUGGGCAAUGUGUACAAAGAGCGUGGUCAGUUACAAGAGGCAUUGGAGAACUACAGGCAUGCGGUGAGAUUGAAGCCCGACUUUAUUGAUGGAUACAUCAACUUGGCUGCGGCCCUUGUGGCGGCCGGAGAUAUGGAGCAGGCUGUACAAGCUUAUGUCACAGCACUACAAUAUAAUCCUGAACUUUACUGCGUUAGAAGCGACUUGGGCAAUUUGCUCAAGGCUCUCGGCCGGCUCGACGAGGCAAAGGCUUGUUACUUGAAGGCCAUCGAAACGAGGCCCGACUUUGCAGUGGCUUGGAGUAAUUUGGGUUGCGUUUUUAACGCCCAAAGUGAAAUCUGGUUGGCAAUUCACCAUUUUGAAAAGGCUGUGGCUUUGGAUCCGAAUUUCUUGGACGCCUAUAUAAAUUUGGGCAAUGUACUCAAAGAAGCUAGAAUCUUUGACAGGGCUGUGGCGGCGUAUUUGCGAGCUCUGAACUUAUCGCCAAAUAACGCAGUCGUCCACGGCAACUUGGCGUGCGUGUAUUACGAACAGGGCUUGAUUGAUUUGGCCGUCGACACGUAUAGGAGAGCGAUAGAGCUGCAACCCAAUUUCCCAGAUGCAUAUUGUAACCUAGCUAAUGCUUUGAAAGAAAAAGGUCAAGUCGCCGACGCCGAGGACUGCUAUAACACGGCGCUCCGCUUGUGUCCCACUCACGCAGAUUCGCUAAAUAACUUGGCCAAUAUCAAACGUGAACAGGGCUACAUUGAAGAAGCUACUCGAUUGUAUUUGAAGGCUCUGGAAGUGUUUCCGGAAUUCGCCGCGGCUCAUAGCAACUUGGCAUCAGUAUUGCAACAACAGGGCAAACUAAAUGAAGCACUCAUGCAUUAUAAGGAAGCGAUCAGGAUCCAGCCGACCUUCGCCGACGCCUACAGUAACAUGGGCAACACGCUCAAAGAAAUGCAAGAUGUGGCCGGAGCUUUGCAAUGUUACACCCGAGCUAUACAAAUCAAUCCGGCUUUCGCCGACGCACAUAGCAAUCUCGCCAGCAUUCACAAGGAUUCCGGGAACAUUCCCGAAGCUAUACAAUCUUACAGAACAGCAUUGAAACUGAAGCCAGAUUUCCCCGAUGCAUACUGCAACUUGGCACAUUGUUUACAAAUUGUCUGCGACUGGACCGACUACGAGGCGCGUAUGAAGAAGUUAGUCAGCAUCGUAGCGGAGCAGAUCGAUAAGAACAGGUUGCCGUCGGUGCACCCACAUCACUCCAUGCUUUAUCCCUUGACGCACGAGUUCAGGAAAGCGAUCGCGGCCCGACACGCCAACCUGUGCCUAGAGAAAGUCCAGAUCCUUCACAAGGCCCCGUACAAGUUUGGUCGUGAACUCCAAGGUCGUCUGCGUAUCGGCUACGUGAGCAGCGACUUCGGCAACCACCCGACGUCGCAUCUGAUGCAGUCGGUGCCAGGCCUGCACGACAGGACCAAGGUCGAGAUCUUCUGCUACGCCCUCAGCCCCGAUGACGGUACCACCUUCAGGUCGAAGGUCGCCCGUGAGUCUGAGCACUUCGUCGACCUGUCUCAAGUACCUUGCAACGGUAAAGCCGCUGACAAAAUCUACGCGGAUGGAAUUCAUAUUUUGGUGAACAUGAACGGUUACACUAAAGGGGCGCGUAAUGAGAUAUUCGCGUUGCGGCCCUCGCCUAUACAGGUCAUGUGGCUCGGCUACCCAGGCACCAGUGGCGCCAACUAUAUGGACUAUAUCAUUACUGACGGCGUUACCUCUCCUUUGGAAUUGGCCAGUCAAUAUAGCGAGAAACUAGCCUACAUGCCUCACACGUUCUUUGUGGGCGACCACAAGCAAAUGUUCCCUCAUUUACAGGAGAGACUUAUUCUCAGCGACAAAAUCAAGUCAAACAACAGUCUAGGCACUUUAGCCGACAACGUAGCCGUUAUUAAUGCGACAGAUCUGUCGCCAUUGGUCGAGAAUACAGACAUCAAGGAGAUAAAGGAAGUGGUGCGAGCCGCCAGACCUUUAGAGAUAUCACUGAAAGUAGCAGAACUACCCACUACCACGCCCAUCGAGACUAUGAUUGCAUCAGGACAAAUACAGACAUCAGUAAACGGAGUAAUAUUACAAAACGGAUUGGCAACAACUCAGACAAACAACAAGGCGGCGACGGGCGAGGAAGUGCCCCAAUCUAUUGUGAUCACAACACGUCAACAGUACGGCUUGCCAGACGAUGCUGUAGUCUACUGUAACUUCAAUCAGCUGUACAAGAUUGAUCCCCUGACCCUGCAUAUGUGGGUGUACAUAUUGAAACAUGUACCUAACAGUGUACUCUGGCUGUUGAGAUUCCCAGCAGUGGGUGAACCAAACUUGCAGUCCACUGCACAACAAUUAGGUCUCCCUCCUGGCCGUAUAAUAUUCUCAAACGUAGCGGCGAAGGAGGAGCAUGUGCGUCGUGGACAGUUGGCCGAUGUAUGCCUCGACACGCCACUGUGCAACGGACACACCACCAGCAUGGACAUACUGUGGACUGGCACACCUGUCGUCACACUGCCCGGAGAAACAUUGGCUUCUAGAGUUGCAGCUUCACAACUCAAUACUCUUGGUUGUCCUGAGCUCAUCGCAAGAACAAGGCAGGAGUAUCAAGAUAUAGCUGUAAGAUUAGGCACAGAUAGAGAAUAUUUGAAAGCGAUCCGUGCGAAAGUAUGGACGGCGAGAACGGAGAGUCCAUUGUUCGACUGCAAGGCGUACGCGACAGGCCUCGAGAUGUUGUACGCUCGGAUGUGGGCGAAGUACGCACGCGGCGAGCGACCUGACCACAUACAGGCGGUCGACAAAUAGACCAGGCGCAGUCGUGCUGACAGUCCAGUCUGCAGGAAGCGCUCCCGGUGUUGAUAAACCACAGACUGUGUUGUGAACAGAACAGAGGAAGAAUAUAAACCUCCAUGGAGUUUCCAGCCAGUAGUGUAUACUUUAGUGAGAUC